AUGGAUACUGGAUACAAGCAUUUCAGCCAUGCACACAACCUCGUCAUCCACCAAGCACAUGAAGCUGAGAAGAUGUCAUGCUCCGGCUGCAACUCUCUGGUCAUGGGGACUAUAUACAUUUGUUGGCAGUGCAAAUUUGUGUUACACGAGCAAUGCUUUCGGGCAACCCGGUCACUAAAACACCCAUCACACCCUUCUCAUCCUCUUACUUUAGUUCCUUAUCCAACUUAUCCCUCCAAUUCCUUUUACUGCAAUUCCUGUAAACACACUGGAAAUGGAUUAUCCUAUUCAUGUUCUGAUUGCGAGUUUGACCUUCAUGUGCAUUGUGCUCAAUCUAAUUCCCAUACUCCCAUGAUGAUUCUCCUAAAUCAAACUCAUGGUCAAGGAGUAGUUCCACAUCAUGGCCACAAUUCUUACGUACCACAAAAUGUUUAUGCUCCUACUAGUGUACUUCAUAAUCCAAUUACUAAUAUCCAAUAUUCUUCAGUUGCCUCUAAUAUGCCAGAGGGAGUACUAUCUGCUUCUGAUCUUGAACAUAUCAAAAGAAACCAGCAAAGGCUCGAGAUUGCAAGGGAGGAGUCUAGAAUAGCUGCUCUUGGACGUAAAUAUAUCUUAGACAGCAUAUAG